CGAGAGCUUGGGCGGUGGGGAAGGGGCCCUGGAGAGAGGGGCCAGGGUGGUGGGAGGGGCCCCGAGGAUGGUCGCCUGCCAACAGUCCUGACCUCUGAUUCCUGCUGCUUUGGGGGCUUGAGGGAAGUUGCUGCCACAUUUCUCUUUCCGGGGGUCUGUACUUGCCUUUGAAGACCACGGGCCCAGGAUGGAGAUGCUCACGCCUUCCUCGGCGGGGUGGGGGGCACAUCUGGGACUGCGGUGCCUGGAGUCCCUUUAGAGCCCUUGUCUCAUCCGGGACGGGGAGCCCACGCUGUUGAGUGCAAGGGGCGCAUCGGGGGAGGGCUGCCCACGCUUCUCCUUCAGGCUCUGGUCCAGGAUCGGGGGGUGUCCCUACCCACACUCCCCGACCUGGGGCUUCGUCCGGGGUGGGGGGCCGCUGGGGAGCAGGCUGGGGCUGCCCUCACGGCCUCCCCUCCCGCACGGCGGCCAGAAAGUGGCCUACACGACGGUGCUGCAGGAAUGGCUGCGCCUGGCCUGUCGCAGCGACGCCCACCCCGAGCUCGUGCGACGCCACCUGGUCACCUUCCGGGCCAUGUCGGCGCGCCUGCUGGACUAUGUGGUCAACAUCGCCGACAGCAACGGCAACACGGCUCUGCACUACUCUGUGUCUCACGCCAACUUUCCCGUGGUGCGGCAGCUGCUUGACAGUGGUGUGUGUCAGGUGGACAAGCAGAACCGUGCUGGCUACAGCCCCAUCAUGCUCACCGCCCUGGCUACCCUGAAGACCCAGGAUGACAUCGAGACCAUCCUGCAGCUCUUCCGGCUCGGAAACGUCAAUGCCAAAGCCAGCCAGGUACGGGCCGUCCGUGCUGCGGACCCAGGCAGCCCUUCCCACUGACUUAAGUCCUGGCUGUGCACCAAGCCCAGAUGUGAUCUUAUUCCAUGCCCCCGGGGGAGAAUCCCCACUCCACAGACAAGGGAGCCGAGGCUCAGAGAAGCACCCAUUUCCUCAAGGCCAGAUUAGAGGAGGUGGGAUUUGAACCCCCAUGGUCUAGCUUUAGAACCCCAUUAUUUUUUUUU